AUGGCUCCCAUCCGGACUUGCAUCAAAUCAGACAACCAACAGAAUGACUACCGUGAUCAUAUCCGGCAACCAAUAGGUAUGUGCAAAUACAAACUCGGCAAUGUUCAGUGUCAAAAACGGCAUGGCAAUCACACCACAGAUCCACAAAUAGUUCAUGUACAAAGGUCCACAGAUUCAGCGCACAGCAAGAUCAAACGACAAAUAGAAUCCAUGAUGUUCCACAGUAGGCCAAAGACACAACAAAAUGGCUGCCGUGAUUUGUUGCAGCCACUCAAAAUCCGCACAUGCGACCACACUUAG